CCCAUUGAAAAAUGGCGCUGUAAGCUGUCGUCGUGUGUGGUUUCUCUGGUCAACGUCCGUAGGCCUUUCCUCGAAGGUGCCGCAGACACUCGCCGCCAGUGAUCGUGGUGGGCUCGUCGGGCGCCUUCGAGGAAAACCCCCCACAAUGCCAAAAGUCGUCGAGAAUAUGCAACUUGGCUUUGCUGGCUGUCGCACCGCUUUCCGAAGGUGUUGCCGGUGGCUAACGUGCAGCGGGAGUGUUCCGGGUCGAGAGCCACGUGACCAGUACGAAGUGCUCUGCUUGGGUCUCACGGGUGCAGGCAAGUCAACAGCCUUGGCCACACUGGUAGGGGAGCCCUGGGAUGCUCUCGAACCCACCACAGGCUUCAACAUCAAGACGCUGCCAGUCAAUGACACUGUGCUCAAUAUCAAGGAACUGGGUGGCUCGGUACGUCCAUUUUGGCAGGAGUAUUUUGGGGAUGCACACGGAGUGCUGUUUGUGCUGGAUGCUGCCGCCGGAGAAGCCUCAAUACAGGCGUCUCGUCAGACUUUGGCAGAAGUGCUGCCGCACCUGAAAGGGCGCCCCUGUGUUGUGCUGGCCACUCAUGCUGAUCUUUCAGGCUGCGCCACUCAAGCACAGGUGGAGCAACUGUUUGAAGGCCUGAUGCAUGGUCGGAAAUCAGCGGUGUUGUCUUGUUCCCGGGGCCAGCGUCAGGAGGUGCUCAAGGCGCUUGAAAUGCUUACCGGCUACAUGACAGCAUCCAUCAAGUAGCAUCAAGCCACAGGCGCACCUGCAUGAAAUGCUCAAGGGCGGUGCUUGGCCUUACCCCCACCGUACCGACAGAUGUGUUGCGGACAGAUGUAUUCCUCACCACCCUGACCAUCAUCCUCCGGCACAGUUGUGUUUUCCGUGGCAAAACUCACUGGUAGUUUCUUUUUAUACAACUUACCUAUCGAGAAAUGACACUUAGGGUCUCCUUACCGACACAUGGAGUGCCCCCUGACUCCAGGGCGACUUGCCUGGUUUUCUUCUGAACAGACUUCAUGCGAUCAGUGCUGCCAAAGCUUGGCAUCUCAUCUGCCUGUCGAAACAUGUGCGGGCGUUGACAAGACAUAUGCAACGAGAUUAACAGGGUGCACACGGCGAGCCUUUGUUACAAACAGCACCUUCUGUCCGCUGCCACUGGGGACAGACUAGACACGAUGUUGGUACCUGUAAGCACUCACUAGCAAGUGCUUCAGUAGUAUUUACCAAUAUACUGUUGGGGAGAGAUGGGCAGCCAUGCAAGGCAGAUAUAGUCCGACCUAAAUGGCUUUGUUGUCAUGGUGACUGUACUGGGUCUUACCGUGAAUGCCUCAUUGGAGCACUAUAUUGCUCUGCAUGGCGUUCGGCAUUGCAGUGAACGUUAGACUAUGGUUGGGAGAGUGGUAAUGGAUAGCUGUGCAUUGACAAUGAUGUGUUAGGAGCGAGACAUUUUUAAAUAUGUUUGUACCAAAUCAACAGACAGUGAAAAAUGCCACAUUGUAACCAUUUCCUCAAUGCGGUCAGUCAAGCUUAGUCGCAGAUGGCCGUUUGCGCCCCUCAUGAGCUCAACGUGUUCCCACCACCUCCUGAAGCUGAACGCUUUUCAAAAAGCCUGGUGUCAUUGUUUUGAGCAGUGAACAUUGUUUGAGUGGUCUUAAUGUUGUACUCGGUAAUAGCUACGGCAUGCAGUUGUGAUAGUCCCAUUUGAAGGCCCUACAGACAUCGGCAUUAAUGACACGUCACUGUGUGUGUCGGUGCGGCUGUAGCGUUUUCUUCCUGGCAUGUUCCGGUGAAGAGUCCACAUGCAAGCACAUGUUACUAGCCAACCCAAAAUGCGUGCUCACAUGUCCCGCACUGCAGGCAUUCCUCUGCUCUUGAAGCAAGCCUGCAGGUUUGGCUUGUUGUAUGCUCUUGACCUGCAGCUCACUGUUUGUUGUCACGCACACUGUUUUGUCAUUGCACAAACCUGACCUGGCUUGCAUGCCUGCCCUGUGUAUUGUGUUCAUGCUGUGUGGUAAAACAGCGCACCAAAGAUUGCAACUGGGUGUACUUACUACUGCCAUGGGAAAGCAGUGCUAACAGUUUUCUUGCGUGUGUGUGUGUGUGUAAAGCUUGUAUGUCACAGUUUUGUUGUUUGGAGCUCAAAAUUCAUUUAGCCUUGGCACGCACAAACUAAAUAUUAAAGCACUGAGCUUUCAUCCUGGUUAUUGCUACAAGCCAAAAUACUCUCUAGGGCUCACGGAUAUUGCUAAGAAGCCUGCUAUUGGACCUGUGCCCUUCCAGGCUUAUUCGUUAAAUUGUGAGUGUUUGGGCACUCAGACUAGCACUUGAGAAUGGCUCUGUGCAAUGUUUUCUCAGAAGCUUAUAUUUCUGCUUCGUGGCAACGUCAGGUAUGUUCAUUGAAAGUGAAAACUAGGCUAGUUGGUAUGCAUUGUGCAUCUUGCAGAAACCAACGAUUUACAUGUCACAGAGAGAGCGGAGCGUUGUAAUAUUUCACUUCAAGAUCCCUUGUUGGCUUCCUAUUUUUCUUCACAAGUGGAGAUGGCACAUUAAAAGACAGAGAUAAUACUGUGCAGAUACUGUGCAAGGAUUUUCUUUUGGUUUCCUUCACUUCUUGCCACUCAGUGCACCGAAUGGCCUGUACCAGCAAUAAAGGUGCAACAUUAUUGCAACGCAUAACAGAAAGUAUGAAAAACAAAAAGAAACAUUACAUAACAGCAGUGAAUGGCCUGUUUCAGUUAUACAUGAAUAUGAUAUUAUGUCAGCUAAUGACUCGUCAUAAAAGAUAAAAAUCUUUACAAUGCAUGGCCUCUCUAGAUUCACAUCAUUUGCCUUCAUUUAUUUUACUGCACAACUAUGUAGAAUUUAUCAGCAUGGUGAAAGCCUUAAUGGUUCACGUUCGUUUUUGGUUGUUCUACAGUAUAGCUUAAUUGCAGUUUCUUUCUCUUAGCACACUGUUACCUUAGUAGCACCUAAUUACGUUGAAAAGUCCACACUUUAAUUGGUGAUAUGCCCAGAAAGUGUUGUUUUCAUAGGGGUCUUUGAAGAAUAGAGGCAGUCUUCACUUCCAACAGUAGCAAAUUGCAACAGAAAGAAACACAUGAACCACGCAUUCUGUUAAACACCCUCUCUUCUUUUUUGUGUUAAUCACCAAGCGUGACAACUUGCACCUGGCCCAAAACAGCAUUACAUACUUUCACAACAUUUCUAUUACAAGUAUGCAUUCCAUUAUUGGAAGGUGGUUGAGAAAGACAAGGUGCACUUUGAGAGGCACUAAAAUUUUGAAUUUUUUUUUGCAGCGUUUCAUGCCAUGAAAAAUUGGGCAGCACUUGGAUAUAUGCUGUCUGGAAUAGAUAUUCCCUAGACUGCACAAUCGAUAAAGAAGUCUUUCUGCGUGUGCUCGCACAAGCUGAAGUCAAAAACCCAUUGUUCUUUUUGCUCUGCCAUUUGAACCGAGAGUCUGUGCCCUUAUGCACAUAUUUAUGAUUCAGAGUUCGUACUUGUAUUAAUUGGUUCGGGUUUGCAAGGAACAUAUAUUAAUAAAUAAUAAUAUUUCUGGGGCCUUACGUGCCAAAACCAUGAUAGGAUUAUGAGGCACGCUGUAGCGGUGGACUCCGGAUUAAUUUUGACUGCCUGGGGUUCUUUAACACAAAACUGCUAAGUACACGCGUGUUCUUGGGUUUUGCUUCCAUCAAAACGCAGCCACCGUGGCUAUGAACCGAACCCACACCCUUAAGCUUAGCAGUGGAACACUAUCUCCUUGGCUCUCAGGUUGGGUGCAAGGCACACAGAAGCCAUAUGACCUCCAUUUUGUAUGAUGGACAAUUGGUGCAGCUUUUUUCCUUUUUUUUUUACCUAAAUGAGAUCUGAGUUUUGCACAAUGGUGCGUACAUGCGUAGUUGUCUACCAUUUCAAACUGCUGCAAUCCUUUUCUGUCAUUGCAUGCAAUUUGGGUAGUGCCCUUCAUUUUCUUUAGAAACCAGCCACCACAGCAGGCUUUAAGAAACAGCUAUACUGUAAUACCUUUGGAUGCUUUGAAGCUUAAUUGCCAUGUGAGCAGAUGAUGUGAGACGAGAGUAGCUUUAUUCAUGACAGUAUUCACGGUGUAUUUACAGCUUGAUUUAUCAUUUCUGUUUAAUUAAGCUGUGAUUUUCUCUGUGAAUAUUUGUGACAGGCCACUUAAUGUCACAAGGGUGAGUGAAUACACAAUCUGUGUAGCAGUUCAAUUCUCCGUAAGCAGACGUGGUUGUUCACACUUUUGUUCCACAGAACACCUCUGAUGCACGUUUCAUGGGGAGAUUUAAUAGCCCUCUCUCUGACGUUUCCGGACCAAUCUUCUGCACCUGGAGGCCGAUGCAUAGCUGCAUUCUGCACUUCUUGCUACGCGACUUAAGCAGCCAGGAUUUGAAACCUCAACAUUGUGCCCCGCAACGAGUACGCUGUCGCCACUUAGCCCCCAUCGUAGUCACACGACAAGCCAUAAGAAUACGGUGCGCUGACCUGAAAACAUCUUGUGUGAACACGUUAGUGUCAUGGGAACCUGUUGCAACCAUAAAGUGUAUUAGUGGGGCACUAAUGUGAACCGACUCCACCUGUUGAUUAAUGUGAAACCAAAAAGAUGUUUUCUCGCGCAGAAGGUGCCAAAACGUCGGUGCCCAACGUGGCAACGCUUCAAGGGAUGCUGCAUUACGCAUGCGUGAUGCUUUUAAAUUUUGCGUGGACAAUACUACGCAGGCAAGAGGAAUCACAUACGUGCUUACUUGCAUGGCACUGUUUUAAAAGGUAGCGAGUUACUAAGGGCAGCAUCGUGUCUAGUCUAGUCUUCUUUUUAUGCUCUGUUGCUGCAGAAGCAGCCUUUUGUUGGCUACUUUUCUUGGCAUUUAUUUUAACAUUCUCGUGUUGAAUGGAUUGAACCUCUCUUGUCUACUGCAUGGUCCUGUUUUACAUGAAUACCCUUGCAAUUUUUAAACCCCAAGUGUGCUGAGCUGAAACAUGCUGCAAAGAUACUGCAUAUUAUUCUCAGAUGAAGUAGGUCGCGAUGCAACACUUGCAUCCAAGCCAUUGACCUGCCCAUCACUUGUAAGGCUUUAUUUGGAUGCUGCUGAAGAUUCUGUCAGCGUGUUGAACAUGCUGCCAUAUUUUGUGCGAUAAGCCAUUUAUUUACUAUGAUAUACCAGGUUGUCUUCCCCUGCCCAAAUGUAUGAUAGAAAAAGAAAUUAUGAUUGUGGCAUAGAGAAACAUAAUGGUGAUGCUUCCCAAGCUACUGCCAUUUGUGUUCUCGGAAAAGUUUUGUUUUACGUCACCAUAUUGAAGGCUUCACUCAAGAGGUCGUCAUUUGAAUGAAAAACUACGCAGGCAAGAAAAGAGAGACAUCAGUAUUUUGGAAUACUCGGGGUAUUUCAUGCUAAUAAAAAUUAGGCAUAUUUGACUGAAAAGACUCUUAAAUAAACUCCUUGUGACUUCCGAUUUGUCAAAGCGGGUGUCAGCGUGAAAGCUGCAAGUUGGAGACUUCGGUGAAAUGGCCUCCAACGUCAUGUAAAUGACUUGGGUAUGUCGUUUCUUUUCACAUCUGUUAGAAGAACUGAACCUGUACGUAUACAAGAUCAUGUGCAGUGACAUUGGAGCCGUCUAAGGAACUACUUUUGACAGUGUUCUCAUCAAACUGAGCCAGGUUUUACUUGGCACCGACAUAUCGCCAUAGACUGAAAUAAAGCAUAACUGCAUCUCCUCUAAUCUGACUUUCCAAGUUUAACCGUUUUAUUUGCAGAGUCCAUACGAACACUGGACCAAGACCUUGUUUAUGAAAAUCACUUAUUUCUCCAUGGCAUGUUCUCAUCUCCUGCAUUUAUGCCUUCAGUCCGUUGUGGUCAAGACCUGGACAGAGUCUGCUUGUUAAGCACAGUGUACCUGCAAGCUUUUUUUUUCUUCUGCUCUAAAGAAUAGCUGUCACUGUGUUGUGUGGUGCCUAGCUUUGAUUAAUAGUAAUUUCUGCAUUUCCUCUCCGCUGGCAUUGUGUUUCUAAGAGGAUAAACUGGGAUACGACAGUUGUCAGUUGUUAAAAACCUACAGGCUUCAUCGUGUUCAAAUAAAAAUGCCAAUCAAGA